CCUUUCACAAUAACUCCUGCAGCCAACUUCUGCUUCUCCUCGCAGGCAUUUCCAAGCAGGACGCUGGUGUGUCCCACUCCAUCUCCCCACCCAAGCAACAAGGAGCUCAAGAUGUGGAUCGUGUGGGUGAUGCUGAUCUGCCUGGCUGAAGGGCAGCUUGCCAGUGCCACACUCUGCAAGACCUACGGCACCAUCCCAGGCAUCCCAGGGUCACCAGGACGACCUGGCAGCAAUGGCAGAGAUGGGCAGGAUGGCCCAAAGGGGGAGCAAGGACCUCCUGGUCGGGCAGAGCAUGAAGGAGACCUGGGGGAGAAGGGAGACCCGGGAGAGCCAGGGUACCCGGGGAAGGUCGGCCCCAGGGGCCCACCAGGUGCCAGGGGAAUACCAGGUCUCAGCGGAUUACCCGGCCCGCCGGGGGACUCUGGAGACUACCAGGCCACCCUCAAGUCUGCCUUCUCGGCUGCCAGGAGCAUCAGCACCUACCCCCGCCGGGAGCAGCCCGUCCGCUUCGACCGCGUCGUCACCAACGAGAGGGGCCACUACGAGAACCGCUACGGCCGCUUCAUCUGCCGCGUCCCCGGCAUCUACUACUUCACCUACCACGUCACCUCCAGGGGCAACCUCUGCCUCAGCUUCAAAAAGGGGCGAGGCGGCAGCAGGGGGGAGAAGGUGGUGACCUUCUGUGACUACGUGCACAGCAGCUUCCAGGUGACCACGGGCGGCGUGGUCCUCAAGAUGGCAAUGAACGAGUCUGUCUGGCUGGAGCCGACGGAGAAGAACUCCCUGGUGGGGAUCGAGGGGUCCGACAGCAUCUUCUCCGGCUUCCUCAUCUUCCCUGAGGCUUAGCCCGCUGGAGGUGUCUCUGCAGCCCCCUCUGCAGGGCUGAGCACUCCGCUGCAAAUGACUCUUGGCUCCCAAAUCGGUGCCCCAAGUGCAUUGUUGCCAUUCCCGCCCAUUAAAUGACAGCUUUUUGCGUUGUUGGUCC